CUUCGGCCGUCUCUGUCAUAACAUACCCCCCGCUCGACUUGCCAGCCAGCGAGGACCGUUUUCACGAAGGAGCAGCUCCAAGAUGCCGAUCCCGCCAGCACUGUUGACCCCGAACAUGUCGACGCCCACCGAUGGGGUGUACCCGCAGCCUCUCCGGCCAACUCUGGCUGGCCAGAACACCAAAUACAUCACAACGAGCACACCACUUCUCCAGCCUCUCCCGCCAAAAGUUGCUCCGUCGUCUUCUUCCGUCGAAGGCUCGAAGCGUCUAGCGGCUUGGACUGCGGUCGACCGACACAUUCACCCCGAGCAUAAGGUCAUCGGGAUCGGCUCUGGCUCCACCGUGCCGUAUGUCGUCGAGCGCAUAGUGUCCCAGGGCAGGGCCAUGAACAAGGACCGAGUCUUCAUCCCGACUAGCUUCCAAUCCAAGGAGCUGAUCGUGAACGGGCAAUUGCUCCUGGGUGAUGUCGAUCAGUACCCUGUCAUCGACGUCACUAUAGACGGAGCAGAUGAAGUCGACCUUGACCUGAACUGCAUCAAGGGCGGAGGUGGUUGCCACCUUCGCGAGAAGGUGCUCGCGGAAGCUGCAGACACUUUCAUCCUCGUCGCGGAUUACCGCAAGAACUCCAACGUACUUGGCACCAUGUUCAAGCAGGGUAUUCCAAUCGAGGUCGUACCGUUCGCGUACACCAAGAUUCUGCAGAACUUGCACCUGCUCGGUUCGCCUAAGGCCGUGCUCCGCAUGGCGAAGGCGAAGGCAGGCCCCGUAGUGUCCGACAACGGCAACUUCAUCAUCGACGCUCCUUUCCCCGAAGAGAUGAUGAAGGACCCGUACACGCUUUUGACUCGCAUCAAAAUGCUCACGGGCGUCGUCGAGGUGGGCCUGUUCUGCCACAUGGCGAAGGCCGCGUACUUCGGCAACGCGGAUGGCAGCGUCACGAUCAAGUUCCACGACGGGCAGGUGGAGCAGGUCCAGGCGGACAAGAGCCCGCUCAUAGAGAAGCCCCAGGAACAAUUCCAGUCGCUUUGAAUGCUCUCAAAGCGCAUAUCCCCGGCGGUAUGACGACGAAGAUGACGACAGAGGAAUAGACAGUAUGCUACCUGUAUUCUAGCCGGCCGAUUUGUAUAUUUGCCCUGUUUUGAAUACAUGGACUUUCCGGAAUC